AACCUUCUCUGAUUCAUCCUUCUUCCCAAAUAUGGAGUUCCCGGAAGCGGCCGCCGGGACUCAGUUGAGUGACAGCAGGAGCCGCAGCGCCAGACCUCCUUAAUAUCCGAUCCACAUCUCGCUUUUUAUAAAGAAAACGUGAGAACAAAGCCCGGACCGCACCAUCUGAGGAGUGUUUGUUAUGGAGGCUCUGGUUGGUCGUCUGGAGCGGGCAGUGGUGCGUCUGGAGGCUGUGGCUGUCAAACUGCAGAGCUGUCCUGGAGGAUUGAUCAACGGAGACAUCAGCGCCGUCAUCAACGGAGGUGAAUCCCAGAGCAUGGAGGCGUUUGACCGUCUGCUGAGCGGCUCGGUGUCUGAAUAUGUGCAGUCCAGUGCUGCGAUUGGUGGAGACGUAGCGAAGCAUGCUGAGAUGGUGAAUAAUGCUCUGCAGGUUCAGCGCACUCUCCUCAAAAUGGCCAUGACACACCAGGAGCCAGCAAAGACGGAGCUGGCUGACCUCCUCAGACCUCUAUCCGACCAGAUCCAGGCGGUGCAGAAUUUUCGUGAGAAGAACCGCGGCAGCAGCCUGUUCAACCACCUGUCUGCAGUGAGCGAGAGCAUCCCUGCGCUGGGCUGGGUGGCUGUGUGUCAGAAACCAGGGCCGUAUGUGAAGGAGAUGAACGAUGCUGCCAUGUUUUAUACUAAUAGAGUGCUGAAAGAUUUCAAAGACACUGACGCUCGUCAUGUGGAGUGGGUGCGUUCAUACCUGAGCAUCUGGACUGACCUGCAGACGUUCAUCAGAGAGCAUCACUGCACUGGACUCAUCUGGAGCAAGACUGGUCCAAAAGCUCCUCCCUCUCUGCUCAGUGCUCCUCUUCUUCCUCCUCCUCCUCCUCCUCCUCCUCCAAUGAUGAUUGACAGCUGCAGUUCUCCAGCAGAUGCUUCAUCAGUCCAGCACGCGGCUCUGUUCGCUCAGCUCAACCAGGGAGAGGAGAUCACCAAAGGUUUAAAGCAUGUGUGUGAUGAACAGAAGACCCAUAAAAACCCAAACCUGCGUUCUCAGAGUGGAAAAACACACCAUGACUCUCCGUCCAAAACCCAGAGCUCUUCCUCAUCUAAUCCGGCCAGGAAACAUCCACCCGUGCUGGAGCUGGAGGGCAAGAAGUGGAGGGUGGAGUAUCAGGAUCAGUGUGCAGAGCUGCUGAUCGAGGACACAGAGCUCAGACAGGUGGUUUACGUCUUCAGCUGCAGCGGCUCCACACUGCAGGUCAAAGGCAAAGUCAACUCCAUCAUCGUGGAUAACUGUAAGAAGCUGGGCCUGGUCUUUGACAAUGUGGUGGGCAUCGUGGAGAUCAUCAACUCCAGAGAUAUUCAGCUUCAGGUGAUGGGAAAAGUUCCGACUAUCUCCAUAAACAAGACCGAGGGCUGCCAUGUCUACCUGAGCAAGGAUUCACUAGACUGUGAGAUCGUCAGUGCCAAGAGCUCCGAGAUGAACAUCCUGGUUCCCGAGGGAGAAGAUGAUUAUAGGGAGUUUCCAGUUCCAGAGCAGUUUAAAACGGUCUGGGACGGCUCCAGCCUGGUGACCGAGCCCACAAAGAUCGCCGGCUGAUUGAUCUGCCUCCUCCUACCCACAAUUCCUCAAGCACUUUCACUAGAUCACUGUUAGCUGACACGGAAGAAUCCGCACACUGUGCUUGUGGGAGUUGUAGAUUUAGACAAUUACAGUUAUGAGCAAUAUAUGGACAAACACGUCUGACUUCCCCAGACCCACUGUGCUUUAAACAGAUCGCUGAUGGAUAUUUUUGUCCUAAAGCUGUUAUCAUUAUCAUUAUUUUUACCAUUAUUAUACAUUAACAAUAUUUACACAGCAUGAUGGAACCAUUAUGUGUUGAAUUAGGGGUGUGCGAUAUUUAAGGUAAGAUAAGGUCAUAACUAGGCCCACACGGAAUCUGUGCGCGCAGAUUUUCCACAGAUUUUUAGCCCAUCAUUAAUUCUGUUUGUUUACUUGAGUAAAUGUGUGUAAAUCUAUAUUUAUUCAGUUUUUUUUUUAUUAAUUUCAGUAAUAUUAGUGACUAAUAUGAAAAUGUUCAUGUGAUUUAUGCACAAUGCAGUUUGUACAGUCAAAUUUUCUGUCUUUUAGUAGAGAUAUUAUAUGAGAGACUUGCUUUGUUCACCAAAUAAAGUGGAUCUAAUUGGAUUUGCAUUUUAAACGUUAAAUAAAAGUUAAAAAGGUAUUACUUUUUACUUCACAUAUUAAGGUUUUAGUUAUGAUACUCUCAAAAUAAUGCUGAUUUUUACCAAAAUUUUCCGCAGAAAUAGCAAAAAACUUCUGCAGAUUCCGUCUGGCCCUGGUCAUAGCUGCUGGUUUAUUUAUAAGCCAUCUGACACAAACACACGAGUCUGAAAGCAUUGACUGUGUAAUGAAACUUGAUCAAAUGAAUCCAAAAAUGUCGUUUUUAUAUUUUAAACUUAUGAUACAGUUCAGUAUUUACACAAGCAAGAGCUAACAAUGCUUGAUGGGUUUCCACCGGGUGCUCCGGUUUCCCACAAAGACAUGCGGUAUUGAGGAAUUGGGUGAGCUAAAUUGACCGUAGUGUAUGUGUAUGAAUGAGAGUGUGUGGAUGUUUCCCAGAGAUGGGUUGCAGCUGGAAGGGCAUCCACUGCGUAAAACAUCCUGGAUAAGUUGGCGGUUCAUUCCACUGUGGCGACCCCGGAUAAAUAAAGAGACUUAGCUGAAAAGAAAAUGAAUGAAAUAAAAAAAAUGAGAGAUGUGAUUUUUGGUCAAUAUCGCACACUUCUAAUGUAAACAUGGCAAUUUUUAGGUCAGCAACUUAAACGUAUUAAGUCAAAGUCAUAAAUAAGUUAAAAUGUAACAGUACUGUAUGGUGUUUGCAAAACUCAUACGUUAAAACACCUUCUGGUCCUGUAUUAGGUAUUCAAAAAAUUAAAUAUUCUUCAGUAUAUUUUACCAAUACUUGAGUCUCUUGAUAGAUAAAACCAUCCACAAUCCUGUUUGAUGCAGUUUCCCAGGGUUUACAGAUGCUGCUUUCAGCUCAUAACAUUUCCUCACGCAGUAAAUAAUCAUUGUUGUUAUUUGGCUCUGGACGCAGACCCUGUGCAAUCAUUUGCAGAGGAGAAAUGUACACUUAGUCAUUUAGCAAACUAUUUUCUCCAGAUGGAAUGAAUGCCAAUUUAAAAUGAAUAAACAUCAAUAAAAAUAAA